CUAUCAUACCGAUACCAGUCAAGACAUUUGAGUCUAAAGCAAAAUGUUCUCCAAAGUAGUGCUCGCUUGUGCCUUGGUAGCGGUGUGCCAGGCUGGUUACAUCCACCAUGCGCCAGCUGUUUCCUCACAAAGCAUCGUCCGCCACGACCAGACCGUUCACCAUGAGGCUCCAGUACAUUACUCUGCUCCCGUAGUCCACGCUGCACCCAUCGCUCACGCUGCUCCCAUCGUCCACGCUGCUCCCGUCGUCCACGCGGCUCCCGCUAUCCACGCCGUCCACGCCGCUCCUUCCCACGAAGACCACUACGUCGAUGAAUACGCUCAUCCCAAAUACGGCUACUCCUACUCUGUCGAGGAUCCUCACACCGGUGACCACAAGUCCCAGCACGAGACUCGUGAUGGUGAUGUAGUUAAGGGAGAAUACUCUCUGCUGCAACCUGAUGGCUCUUUCCGCAAGGUCACCUACACCGCUGACCACCACAAUGGAUUUAACGCCAUCGUCCACAACACAGCGCCCGUCAUCCACCACCAUUAGAAGAAUAUUUGCCCAAUCUGUGAUAUUAGUGUUAAUGUGUUCUUGUAGUCGAGUGUGUAGCCUUCCAUCUGUUCUCAUUAAUGAUAUUUAGUAAUACACUACAGUGCAAUAGAACAGGGCCAGCGACAACAAGUAGGAUAAAUGUGUUUCAACAAACAUGAAUGAAGACUGAAUCGAUUUGUAUCACAUCACGACUAUGGAACAUUAAAACAUGAUUGCUUGUAAAUAGUUGUCGUUGAUACUGAAUUAAUAAGACUGUAGUCCUAAUUGAGUGUAAUGUAUCAAACAUAUUUCCUGUAAAUAGAAAUGCAUGUAGAGUUGAAUCUGUCUCAUGAAUGAUCUUCGUAGGUGUAUGUUAUCUACAUGUAUAUCGUUUUUCUGUCUGGUGUGGGCAAUACAUUGUAUAUAGCUUAGCUUUGUCCAAUAAAGAUGAUGAUAAUGU